AUGGACAAUAAAGACGUGGUCAAGACUGAGAGCACCAACUAUGGAAUGCAGAACAUUAAUCUUGAUCAAGCUCUCAUACCCACCAGCCCUUAUUACCUACAUCCUAGAGAAAACCCAGGUUUGGCAUUAGUUUCCACUAAUUUGAAUGAUUCUAAUUACUCCUCUUGGAGCAGGAAUAUGCAGCGUGCACUACUGUCCAAAAAUAAGCUGAAGUUUGUCAAUGGGAGCAUCAAGACUCCUCUUCCUAAUGAUCCCACAUACAAGGCAUGGGAAAGAUGCAAUGUUAUGAUCUUGUCAUGGAUUAUGAGUGUUCUUUCUCCUGAUAUUGCUGAGAGUGUCCUAUACAUUGAUUAUGCUAAAGAUUUGUGGGAAGAACUUAAAGAAAGGUUCUCUCAAGGAGACUAUUUUCAUAUCUCUGAUCUUCUCCAGGAAAUUCACUCCAUCAAGCAAGGAGAAAGGACCAUAACCCAAUACUUUACAGAAUUGAAGAAACUAUGGGAGGAGCUGGACUUCUUACGUCCCUUACCAACUUGCACAUGUGGAAAACCCUAUGAGUGUGAUCUUACUAAAGUCUUCUUGAAACAGAGAGAUGUUGAACAUUCUAUUUGCUUUUUAAAGGGCCUAAAUGAUUGUUACAACAAUAAACUACUGAGGCUUUUGGAAGACAAGGGUGAAUCCAAUCAUGCUGUCAGCCACAUUCAAAGGUCUAGCAAUAAUAUCUCUACUCACAAAGAUCAACAAGGUAAACUCUGGAUCUUAGAUACAGGAGCUACUGAUCAUGUAACACAUGAUUUGAAUCAGUUUUCAACAUUUUAUAAAAUCAAGCCUGUAACUGUAAGACUUCCUAAUAAUUCUACUGUCAUUGCUGAAUAUGCUGGAACAAAAUACUCCACUAAUGAUUUCAUAAUCUACAAUGUUCUUUAUAUUCCAGAUUUUUCUUUCAAUUUGAUUUCUGUGCAGUCCCUUAUCAAAGACCUAAACUGCAGACUAAUUUUUUCUAAUGAGAAUUGUCAGAUCUAG